AUGCUUUCCAAUGCUAAGCCAUACUGCUGGCCACAGCAAAGAGGUUCUGCGCUCCGUUGUAAUGAGAUAUGCUCUACCGACACUUUUAAUGUUUGUACCAUGGAAAAGUCAGGCUAUUGCACAAAACUUGUAAGCAAUAUGAUGGGCGUCGCCUAUGACUGCCCUAAUCCUGAUUUUCAUCGGCGAAAUAAUCUACAAGAAGAUCGUUUCUCCACAAUCUGGACACCCAACGCAGCCGAUGAACCGAAGGAUCUCUCACAUUUCAGGAGAAUCUACCUCACUGCAUCUGUCAUAGGUGCUGCACUCCAGAGCAUUGAUAUUUCUAGUAUUUCAUUAUCUAGCGACCUAGCUGUCCUCAUAGUGUACUACCUCCGAGUUCCGAAACUACUUGGUCGAAUUCUGGAGUUUGUACAUUGCGUCAUGUGCUUGGCUCACAAUGCAGUCUAG